GCUGAAAUAAUGGACUAUUACUUACAUAACUCGUCUCCCCAUCGUCGAUCACUCUUUUCGAUGUUGGGGAUCGGUCGAUAGAGUUAUCACUUUUUUUCUAUCACUCGUCUCGUCAUCAUGGAGGCCGAAAAGUCUACGGUGCCCGCUGAGCGAGUUGACAAGUUCGAGGAAGAACUGGAUGAUGAUGCCUCGUCAAUCAGAUCUGCUGCACGCGGGGAUGACUUGCCAAAGGGGUACUUCUAUUCAAUUGGGUUUCUAGGGGCCGCGACUGGUUUCUGUUUAUCGGCUAUAUCAGCUUUCAUCUUUCUGCUUCUUCCGACCAAUGUAUUAACUUACAUAAAUGCAGAUAUAGGUCCCAGCCCCUAUAUCGCAUGGGUCAACAUUGCCCGGACUCUCUCCUUGUCCUUCACAUAUACGAUUCUUGGCCGACUAUCUGAUCUCUUCGGACGACGAUGGUUCUUUAUCGGCGGCAAUAUUGUCGCUCUCGUCGGUAUAAUCGUCUGCUCGGCCGCGCAAAACGUAAACAGCUUGAUCAUAGGCAGUGCGAUAUACGGACUAGGUGAGACGGUUCAGUUGAGCUUCAACGUGGCUAUAGGUGAAUUAGUGCCUAAUAAGCACCGACCGAUGGUUCUAUCGUUAAUAUUUGCGACCAAUGCGCCAAUCGCUGGAAUUGGCCCUAUGAUCGCUCGAGCUAUGCUGCAAAACCCCAACAUGGGAUGGAGAUGGUGUUAUUACCUCAACAUUAUAGUGGUCGCAUUAGCAAUAAUCUUGCUAUUCUUCUUCUAUCAUCCGCCAACUUUCGAUCUCUUGCAUGAGCGAAAGACUAAGAUGGAGAUGCUCAAACAGCUUGAUUAUGUUGGAAUAUUUAUGUGGACGGCUGGACUCACUCUGCUUUUAAUGGGCGUGAGUUGGGGUGGAACGAUUUACCCGUGGAAGUCCGCUGCGACUAUUUCGUCAAUCGUUAUAGGGGGCGUCCUCCUGGUUGCGCUCUUUAUCUACGAGGCCUUUGCCAAGCUCGAGUACCCGGCCAUUCCAGUGCAGUUCUUUGCGAAUAGGGGGUUCAUUAGUCUUGUUGCCUGCGCCACGGUCGCGACAAUGUCAUACUAUUCUGCCGUAUUAUUGUGGCCUCAGCAAGUGAAGGCACUAUAUACCACGGAUAUCACAUACGGAGGAUGGAUUUCGUGCACUGUCGCUAGCGCUACGGCGUUAGGCCAAGCAUUCGGUGGCUUCUUCGUGAAAUGGGGAGGAAACGUUCGAAACUGGAUCAUUUUCUCGACUUUCUCCAUGGUCGCAUUCGUCGGUGCCUGCGCUUCGCUUACACCAGAAACUUUAAAUGCUGGAAUCGCAUUCACGAUGAUCGGGCCAUUUUUCGUUGGUGUUAUUGAAGUUUGUGCUCUUGCGCUAGCUCCUCUCUUCUGUAGGCCGGUUGACAUCGGCCUUGCCUCCGGACUUUUGGCAUCGAUCCGCUCAGCAGGCGGCUCAAUCGCUGUAGCCGUCUAUAGCAGUAUCCUAUCGAAUCGCCUAGAAACCACCGUACCUGCCAAUAUCGGCCCAGCUGUAGUAGCAGCCGGACUUUCUGAAGACAAAGUCCCCGCCCUCGUUGCGGCCGUACUAGGAAGCAAACUUGCUAGUUUUCCUGGAUUAACCCCUGAAAUACAAGCCGCCGUCGCCUCAGUCCUACCAACGGCAUAUUCGCAGGCGUUCAAGACCGUCUAUCUGGCGAGUCUUGGUUUCGGAGGCAUUGCUGUCGUCGGUUGUCUAUUUUCCAAGGAUGCUCAAAAACAUCUUACCGAUAAGGUCCAACGUAAGAUGAACGGCAAGGCAACUGGGAAAGAGAGCUUGGAAUCCUUAACAUCAUGAAUGUGGAUGAAAAAGGGCUAUGCUUAAUUUCGGCAUGGUACAUGACAGCUUAUAAAUAUAAUGAGGAAACCUUCCUAAUGAUUGACAUGAUGUUGCAAACGAACAAUAUUCGGAAGGGCAAUAACCGUGGAAGUUAAUUUAUAUAGCGCAAGCACGGGCCGAUACGAGCCCUGAAA